AUGCGGACUCCGCCUCUUCUCAACAACAUUGCGUUGUUGCUCGCAACUGCAGCCGAGACAGCCUACGGCUUAUCUGUCAACGACACCCAAAUCCCGCAAAGAGUCGAAUGGAGAGAGUUGUCGCAAACAGCACAAGCAGAUUACAUCAAGGCAGUUCAAUGUCUCGAUGGUCUCCCGUCCAAGAUCGGUCUUGAGACUUCCCGCUACAAUGAUUUUCCCUAUGUUCACGCCCACCUUAACCUUCAAAUUCAUUUCGUCGCUCAAUUCUUGCCGUGGCACCGGUAUUUCAUACAUAUUUAUGAGACUGCGCUGAGAGAGGAGUGCGGUUACACUGGACCGAUGACAUAUUGGGACUGGACUUUGGACUCUGAAGACAUGUCUAAGAGCCCCGUGUUCUCCAACGACACAACCAGAGGCUUUGGAGGAAACGGGCUGAACGGUGGCUUGACAUCGCCGUCGCGUCCAAAUCCAUUGGUGAUGUGUGUCACCGAUGGCGCAUUCGGCAACUUCACAGUCUCGUAUUACGACACAACGCCACGGCCGCACUGCUUGAACCGAGGUUUCAAUGAUGGUGUCGGCGGCAACAACGGCAAGUUCCAAGGACACAUGUAUAGCCCCGACAAGGUCUUGGACAUUAUUGAAGGUUUUGGGAACUUCUCCGAAUUUGCCACGAAGCUAGAGAACGAACCUCACGGCGCCAUUCACCAGGCACUCGGUGGCGACAUGAUUCCAUCUACUUCCCCCAAUGAUCCGUUGUUCUUUCUCCAUCAUGUACAGAUCGACAGACUCUGGUGGUUUUGGCAACGCAACAGGACCGUAGAUCGCACAAACGACUUCUCCGGGAUCAGAAAGUCAGCUGCCGGUGUCACCGAAUCACAGCCGGCGUCCUUGAAUGACACGAUGCCGAUGCUGGGCCUUGCUCCUGAUCUGCCCAUCCAACACGUCAUGUCGACGGAUUCUCGCUUCUUGCGGUAUAAGUACUAG